AUGGAUCAACUAGCUACUACGGUGAGCAAGUUGGAAGCACAAGCGGAUGGAAAACUUCCUUCACAAACACUGAAUCAUAAAGAGAAUUCCAAUGCUAUUGAGCUACGAAGUGGGAAGCAAGUAGAGAAACCGACAACAUCACUGGUGUCCCAUGAACCUGAUUUGGAGAAAGAAAAGGGUGAAACAACCCCUAAAAAGGCUGACCCAGUAACAAAUUCUAACUAUAAAACUCGUGUUUCUACUUAUGCUACUCCUCCGCCUUUUCCUAGCAGGUUUGAAAAGUCGAACAAGGAGACAUUGUACCAAGAUAUUUGGGAGAUCUUUAAGAAGAUUGAAGUGAACAUUCCACUAAUUGAGGCGAUAAGGCAGGUUCCUCGCUAUGCAAAGUUCUUGCAGGAAUUAUGCACUAACAAACACAAAUUGACCGAUUUAGGAGCAUCCAUUAAUGUUAUGCCUGCCUCCAUUUAUGAAUCAUUGAAUCUCGGUCCUCUUAAAGAUACCAGUAUUUUUAUACAACUUGAUGAUAGGUCUAAUACUUACCCCAAAGGGGUUAUUGAGGAUGUUUUGGUGCAGGUUAACCAACUCAUAUUUCCGGCGGAUUUCUAUGUUCUUUACAUGAUGGACGAAGAUUCACCAUCGUCUACCCUCUUGUUAUUGGCUCAACAUAUUUUUGAAUUGAAUGGUGAUGAUGCUUUAGAGAACACCGUAAUGGAGGGUUUAGGUUAUGGAAAAUACAAAUACCUUGAAAGUGAAUUGUCUAUUUGUGAUAAGCUUAAAGAGGUUGUUUUAACUCUUAACUCAUUACAAGAAGUUCCAAAAAAGUAUAAUGCUUCUUAUGUUUCUUUACCACUUACUAAUGAGAGACUUUUACCAUCGAUUUUGCAGGCACCUAUUCUUGAGUUGAAACCUCUUCCGGAUCACCUCAAAUACGUAUAUUUAGGUGAUAAGGAAGAGUUGUCGGUGAUCAUUUCCAAAGACCUUACCAAGGUGCAAGAGGAGAAACUUUUUCGAGUGCUAAGAGAGUACAAGUCUGCCAUUGGGUGGACCAUUGCCGAUAUCAAAGGAAUCAUCCCUUCCACAUGUAUGCACCGAAUACUUCUUGAGGAGGGGGUAAAACCAACAAGAGAGGCUCAACGUCGCUUGAACCCUCCGAUGAUGGAGGUAGUCAGGAAAGAAAUCCUUAAGUUGUUGGAUGUCGGGGUUAUCUAUCCUAUAUCCGAUAGCAAAUGGGUGAGUCUGGUUCAAGUCAUCCCAAAGAAGUCCGGAAUCACGGUGGUGAAAAACGAUGAUAAUGACUUGGUUCCAAAUAGAAUCCAGAUCGGCUGGAGAGUUUGCAUUGACUACCGAAAGCUCAACUCUACCACCCGAAAGAACCAUUUUCCCUUACCAUUCAUUGAUCAAAUGCUUGAAAGAUUGGCUGGACACUCUCAUUAUUGCUUUCUAGAUGGUUUUUCAGGUUAUUAUCAGAUUGUAAUAGCUCCGGAAUAUCAAGAAAAGAUGACGUUUACUUGUCCCUUUGGAACUUUUGCGUAUAGACGUUUUUAUAGGAGAUUCAUCAAGGAUUUAUCCAAGAUUGCAAUGCCCCUGUGUAGACUUUUGCCGAAAGAUGUGGCCUUUGAUUGUGACAAGGAAUUCAAGGAGGCUUUUGACACCUUGAAGGAGUUGUUGACUACUGCACCAAUCAUAAAACCACCGUACUGGAGCAAGCCAUUUGAGUUGAUGUGCGAUGCAAGUGAUUAUGUCGUUGGAGCCAUGUUUGGACAUCGAGAUGGUAAAGUUACAUAUGCCAUUUAUUAUGCUUCUAGAACUCUGAACGGAGCACAAAUCAACUACUCCACUACUAAAAAGGAUCUCUUGGUUAUAGUAUUUGCACUAGAGAAGUUUAGAUCUUACUUGGUGGAUACAAAGGAACAUAUAUUUUCUAGAUUUGGUACACCUCGAGUGGUUAUUAGUGAUGGAGGUUCGAACUUCAAGAGAUACUUUCACGCUCUUCUUAAGAAGUAUAAGAUUUCUCAUAAAGUUGGCACACCGUAUCAUCCACAAACGAGCGGUCAAGAUGAAAUUUCCAACCGGGAGAUUAAGUCUAUCCCAGAGAAGACGGUGAACGUUACAAGGAAGGAUUGGAUUUAUGGACUCAAUGACGCUUUGUGGGCGUAUAGGAAAGCUUACAAGACACCCAUCAGUAUGUCUCCUUUUAGGCUUGUCUAUGGUAAACCUUGCGAUCUUCCGUUCGAACUUGAACACAAAGCUUAUUGGGAUAUCAAGGUAUGUAAUAUGGAAUUAGAUGCAGCUGAUGAACAUAGGAAACCUCACUCAAUGAUUGAAAUUGUUAGUCCCAAAAAAGGGCUGGUUUCCAAGGUCAACGACCAUCGUUUGAAACCAUACUAUGAGCAGUUUGUGACGGAGAAUCAGGAUAUGGUCACAUUGAGUGAUCCACUCCCUCUGGAGGAGUAA